CCCAGGACCCUUCAGUCCGAAGGCCGACGCUCUAUUCACUGAGCUGAACUGGCGAGGGUGUCCAUUUUUUUUGGUAUUGAUCCGUUCAUAAAUCCAUCAACUUCAUUUACGCAUCCAUUCUCAUCCAUUCUUUCAUCCAACCUUUCAUCCAGCCCCCCAACCGAUCUACCAUUCAUUCACCCACAGAUUUACCUAUUCAGUAUUAAGUCAUGCAUUCAUCUAUCCAUUCGACUUUCAAUCCAGUCACCCACUCAUUUAUUAGUCAAGUUAGUCACUCACCCAACACCUACCCAUUCAUAUCCUGAAACCAGACUCUAUGACUGAGAUGGGGACACAGAAGUGACUCAGACCUGUUUCUUGCCCUCUAGGAAUUGAUAGUCAUUUGUGAGAGGGAAAUAACAAUCACACACACACACACACACACACACACAGGAAGUUCCCAAAAUAGUGUGUGAUCAGUGCUGUACUCACAGUAUGUGCCAGAUACAGGUGGCCAGGAGGCCAGGAUAGAGAGGGCUGCAAUGGGCAGAAGAAAGAUUACAAGGUACCAGGUACAGGAUCUAGGUCCCAGGGCAAGUACUUGCUCCAGCCAGGACCCCUCUUGUCUGCACAACUCCUCCCUCUGACUACCUCCCUGCCACCCCACAGGCAGAGUUGAUCCACCUGGGAACCAAGACAAUGCCACAAGCAACACAGUUACAGUUUUCACCUAGUGGGCAGAGCUCUGACCAGCCCACCCCCAAUUACCAAGACAAGGCAGGGACACCUGCAUCCAGGGAGACCCUCCUGCAACAGCCUGACAAGGGCAAGAUUCCACGCCUCCGGCAGGUGGUCGAAAGCAAGGCCUUCAGGAACAUCCUGGUGGACGAGAUGGACAUGAUGCAGUCUCGCGCAGCCACCCUCAUCCAAGCCAACUGGAGGGGCCACCAGCUCCGGCAGAAGCUGAUCACCCAGAUGUUGACGGCGAAAGGCGUCCAGGCGGCCUGGCGGCGCUUCAAAACCAGGCGCCGCCUCGGGGCGGAGAAAAAAACGCGUGUGGACGAGGAGAACAUCCCUUACCACCCCCCUCAGCAGGUGCGGUUCCACCCUUCAGAAGAAGACAGGUAUCUUCCGGCCCCACCUGUCAUGGUGAAUAAGGAGACCCAGUUCCCUUCUGACGACAGCUUGGCUGCCUGUGCCCACGAGCUGGCCCUGCUGCAGCCCUCAGGUGUCCCACCGCCCGGCAUGCCAGCUCCUUGUGCCACCGGAGGCCCUAGCAUCACUUUCGUGCCACACCAGACUGUUUCCAUCAGACUUCCGUGUCCAGUGAGUCUGAGUGCCAAGUACCACCCAUGUCUGCUAACAAGAACCAUCAGAAGCACCAGCCUUCUCCACUUAGAAGGGGACAUGACGAACACCAAGCCAGCGACUGCCAGAGCCAGCAAGGCAGGAGCCCUAGGGCCACCAUGUGGAAGGAUUGCCCAGACACUUCAUGGCCCCCCCAAGGCCCAGACCCAGGCCCAAGUGGAAGCAGAGGUCCUCAGAGCCCCACCCCAGACAGGCCCACCGUCUGUGAUGACCAAGACUCCACUCAAGUCGUGCUUGGCAUCCAUGAUGAACAAAUCCAUACCCCAGCCAAGCCCAACACCCACGGUAACAACAGCCAAGACCCCACCCCAGCUGGACUCAGCAGUCCCCGUGGCCAAGACCACACUCCAGUCGUGCCUGGCAGCAAUCUUGAACAAGAUCCCACCCCAGCCAUGCCCGAUACCCACAAUGGUAACGAGCACCCCACCCCAGCCGUGCCUGGCAGCCCCAGUGACCAAGACCCCAGCUCAGAUGCGACCAACAGUCUUGGUGACCAGCACUGCACCCCAGACACAACCGGCUGCCAUGACCUCAAUUUUCAAGCCCCCGACACAGACCUGCCCAAUUCCUGUGACGACCAAGACCCUGCCCCAGGUCCACCCCACAGCCACGAUGUCCAAGUCCCUACUGCACACAUGUCCAGUGGCUACGACAGCCAAGACCCCAUCUCAGAUGCUCCCAGGAGCCUCAACAACCAAGACCCCUACCCAGACACGUAUGGCAGCCAUGAUCACCAAGACGCCAGCCCAGUUACGCUCAGUGGCCACGGUCCUCAGGAGCCUGUGCCUGCCUCCUCCUGCAGAUGGAAAUCCGAAGGCUUCACCUCCAGCAGCUGUGGAGGACGGGAUUCCCAAUGCCUCGUCACAAACAAACCUAAACAGACCAAGCGCCAAGGCUGUGGUGAGCGGGAGCCAGGUGGCAGGCACGGUCAAAGUCUCGUCCCAUUCACACUUGACGGAGGGAAAGGUGAAAUGCUGGCCCCCAGCGCAUCUGGGGGCUGGGGCUCCCAAGGCUCCAGCGAGGCCUUUUUCAGAAGCCGAGAAAAUCAGGGCCUUCUCCCAGAAACAGGUGAGAAUAGCAACCAUGUCUAACACCAGCGUGGCCGAAGACAGGAGCAAGGUCUUGUCGAAGGCCCGCCUGAAAACAGAUGUCAUGAAGCUUCAGUCCCAGGUGGGUGUGCCUGUAGAAAUGGCUGUGGUUCUGCCCCAAGCUCACCUGGGCACAUGCCCAGCCAAGCCCCUGCCUCGAGCACAGAAGGCCACCUGUUCAACCACAGCCUCGCCCCAGAGACAUAUGCUUGCAAAGCAGACGAGAGCCCCGCCCCAGGCAAAUAUCGUCCGGUGUCUGUCCAAGCCCCCAUCCCAGGCACACCCACCUGCCAAGCUAACCACGGCCCCAUCCCUGGCCCAUCCGGGCACGUGUCCGACCAAGACGCAGUCCCAGGCACAUCUGACCACAGAAGUGAUAAAGGUCCAAUCUCAAGCACAUCUGCCUGCGAGGCUGACCAAGGCACAGUCCCAAGCCCAGCUGGUCAGAGAAACAGCCAAGUGCCUCUAUGCUGCCCACCAGGCCACUGAGCUCAGUAGCAAGGCUCGGUCCCAGCCACUCCUGGCUGGGUUCAAGGCCUCCACCCAGCCCCAUCAACACGCCGGCUCUCUUGGCACUUUGUCCCGAGCAAAGCCAGAGGACAGACUAACCCAACUCCCAGCCCAUAGCUGUGCCCAGAGCAAAGCUACCAAGGGCCCAUGCCAGGGGGCCUCCAAGACCCCGAGCAUGCUGGUGCCUCUGCUGGCGUCCACUGGACCUUCCACAUGCAACGUCGAAUCCUGGGGUGACAGCCGGGCCACCCUGGCCCCGCCAUCGGCCACAAGCCCAGCCGCGCCCUGCCAGGAGGAGCUGGGGGCCGCCCAGCUGGCCUCGCUGUGUGCUGAGUUGGCCACUGUGCUGGGCUCCCAGGAGGACAUCCGUGCUCUGCUGGAGAAAGCUCUCCCCCAGGGGGAAGUGAGGGCGGCACUGAACCAGGCCCUGUCCAAAGAGAUCCUAGGCACCACGAUGGCCAAGGCCCUGCCCCAGGGCAUGCUGGGCACAGCACUGGUGAAGGCUCUGUCCUGGGGCGAGCUGGGCACUGCACUGUCCUGUGCCCUUUCCCGGGGUGAGCUGCAGGCAGAACUCACGAAGGCCAUACAGGGCAGACUGGUGGAUGUGCUCUGCAAGGUCCUGACAGAGGAAGACCGGGCUGCCCUGAGCCAGGCCGUGUGUCAGGGUGAGCUGGGCACCGUCCUGAGCCAGUCCUUGUCUCAGGCGGCCCUCCUGACUGGACUCGUCCUCCCUAAGGCCACCUCGAAAACAUUGGGAAGUGGGAUGAUGGUGACGCCGGUCCCAGUGGAGGUGGACUCCAGGGAGAGCCGGUCAACUGCACGGGGGCCCACCAUGGGCUGUGUGAGACCACAGCUCAGCAAGGGCCCCGUGGACGCUGGUGUGGCUGGUGGCCAAACGUGGAAUUCCGCCAUCCCCGGUGCUGCCAUUGGGCCCAUGGAGGGGGCCAAGACCCCCUGUGGUGCAUGGAAACCAGCCAGGUGCGAUGUGCCCUGGGCUGCCAUGGUCAGGGAGGCGCUGGUGGAUCCCAGACAAUGUGGGGAGCUGGUGACGUCAGUUCAGACUGUGGAGAAGAUAAUAGUGCAAGCCGUGGUCGUCAUACAGGCGUGUGCGCGUGGCUACCUGGUGCGCCGGACCAUCAAGGUGUGGCACCGGUGGGCUGUCGUCAUCCAGGCUGCCUGGCGUGGCUACUGCGUGCGGCGGAACCUGGCCCAGCUCCUCAAAGCUGCCACGGUCAUCCAGGCCACAUGGCGAGGCUACAGCAUCCGCCGGAACCGGAACCGAGCCCAGCAAGUGCUGCUCCCCCGCACGUGGGCUGAGGCGAGUGGCAGGACCACGUCCACCUCCGACCACCGCUGCUUCCAGGCCUGCCAGCCGGGCGACUGCACCCUCUGCCAGUCGCUGAGGCCCCGGCUGGGGACCCCACCCAGCGCCGUGAUGCUCAUGGGUUCCAGCCCCCGCACGUGCCACAUGUGUGGCCACACCCAGCCCACGAGGGUGGUGCAGGGCAUGGGCCGGGGCACCACGGGCCAGGCGGUCAGGCUGUGGGACCAAGACACCCAGCCUAGCCCCCAGGGACCCCAGCAGCCCCGUGGCCAGAAUAAGGCGGCCACGGUCAUCCAGUCCAUCUGGAGGGGCGUCCAGGUACGCCGCCGGCUGAUGGAGAAGCAGGCAGCGGCCAAGAGGCUGCAAUCCAACUGGCGUGGCCACUACACCCGGUCCUCCCUCACCACGGAUGCGCUUUUGAGGCCAGCAGCGUGGGACAACCCACAGAACACGCAGUGGCCAGGCGUCUAGGACCUGGACCGCCCAACGGGGGACAUCAGGGGCGGUGCCAUGUGGCUCUCUCGGUCUAAUGAGUAAAGUUCUCCACAGCUGGGUCUUGGUCUCUCUGUGCUCAUAGCGGGUCUCUUGGGCCUGGGCAUGGGGGGCGUGAGGGGAAUCUGGAACACUCUGGACUGGGGGGACCCUAAAACUUUCAACCGCUUAGUUGGCACCCAGGGCCUGUGUCUGGGAGAGGGACCCAAGCCCUUCUCGGAGGUCAGGGGCCUCCCUAUGGCCGUAGGACCUGUCCAUGACUAGUGGGGCAGUGUCCGUCGGGUCCCCCUGGAAGGCGUCCCUGACACACUCCAGAAGCCAGUGUCUGGCCUAGAGAACCCCACGGUGGAUGCAUGGGGCCUAAUUCAGGAAACGCGAGGGCUUUCCGGCCAGGUACUCAGUGGGUGGGAUGCUGGGCGCACCCGCAAGGGGCUCCAGUCUGGGUGAGAGAGGGCUGAGCACAGAUGUUCCUAGCCUGUGGGUGUCAGGGACAGGGCAGGGAGCGGGGAGGGGCUACAAGCACCCAGAGGGGGCAGCCUGCUUGGCGGAGUGGCAAAGGGGAAGGUAGCAUGGGUUCAGGCAGCUAUGGAAGGGGCCACAGAGUGGGUGGGGGCUGCUGCGGGGAGGGGACUGAAAGCAGCAAGGGGGUCCUGAAGGGAUAGGCAGA